UGAGGUGUACAGAAAAAGGAGGUAUGGAGUAAUAUUAAACUGUUAAACAAUCAAAAAAAUUACCAAUGAGAGUUUUAGAGUUUAAAACCUUAAUGCUGCCAAUUCAUCUGGCACAGAAAAGAGCACACUGUUAUUUCCAGGACAAACAGCCAAAAGACUUAUAUGUGCCGAGCAUAAGUUUGUACACAGCUCUACGACUUCAUAUGAUCCCAUCUUCUCAAUUCCCUUGGACAAUGAUGCCGUGCUGAAUAUUUUCAGACACUUAGGUCAGAUCACAUGAAGUCAUUCAUUGGAGAACAGAGGUACAGAUUAAACUAAAUUAUCUACAGAAAAUUGUGUUCUUUGUGUCAAUCACUGAGACAUCAGUAAGUUUUACUGUGAAAAGACAAAACUUAUCUAAGCUCAAAUGAUCAUUGGAAAUCAGAGAAAUCCAGCUGGAGAAAGAGGAACAAGAGAGUGACGCUUGGGCAAAAGCUGGAGGAGAGAAAGUUUUACGUAAUAUUGAAUUUGGAAAUCGUGGUUAUUGACUUCAUAAAGUGAGUCAGUAAAGAGGCAUUUCUGAGAAUGACCUCAUAUCAAUGUUUUUAAGAGAUCUUGCAUGCUGAAAAAAUCUCAAAAGAGGUGGUUUCUGUUUGUUUAAACCAUUUUUAAUGACAACUUUUUUUUUAUUUUAAUAGUAAAACUAUAUUCUUCUUAAUUUAUGUCCAAGCUACACUAAGCCAACACUCUUUAACAAAUACUAUUACAUAAUACACAACAAAUUCCAGCCUUGAGAGAAGGAACUGACAUACUACAUCAGAAAUGUUGAAAAAUGUUCUCAGCUCUUACAGUAAACAUAUUCAGUACUGCAACAUUUGGAUUUAUUGGUAUUUCCUGGAAUUGCUGUAAAAUGGGUUUUUGCUUUAUGAGUUGUAGACAGACCUUUAUACCACACAGAUACAGCAGCUAAUGUAAAGGAUGGAUCCAGCAGAGAGAAGGAAAAUAGCAGGGCAGAAAAACUGCAGGACACACAUGGUACUUAAGCAAAACAUCUGUGUAACGUCAGUGAAAACAUCAGUGAAACAUUAUAAAAGACAUGACUUCUGUUUGAAAAUAAUGCUUCGCUCUUAUGUGGAUAUGACAUCUGACAAAAAGUCACAGGGUGGAUCAUUUCAUUUUAAAUGAAAGGAAAUUUGAAUUGUAAUGAUGUAUGUGGCAAAGCCUGCCGUGUGUUGGGUCUUUAUCCUGUCCUGCUGGCGAGUAACUGAAGGUGACGCUUCAAUCUCUACGCCGUACAGAACUGGAGUGGCACUAACAGGAGAAACUUUAAACAUCAGCCUCUCCAUGAAAAUCCCUGCAAACUACACCAAACAGCCAAUUAAAUGCUACCAUGGUCUGUUGGGGAGUGUUUGGGAAAAAAUUAUUGAAAGUAAAAGUGUUAUAAGUAAAAACCAGGUGGUGGCAACAAUCAAAAUGCACAACACAUCUUUUUCUGGAGAUUACUCUUGCCGUUAUGCGAGUCAGACGGUACAUUGGGUUAUUCUUGUAAGGGAUAAAGGUUUUGAGGAGCCAGAUGAUGUGUUAGAAAUUGAUGUCAUCAUACAGAUGAUUUUCUCAGGAGUUGUACUGAUCUUCAAUGUGGUUGGGUCACUUUACAUAUUAAAAAGAUACAAGGAACAACCUCCUUCUAAAGAAAAGGAAAAAAAAGCACCGCAGCAGAGACCAACAAAUAGUGAGGAUGCAGCAAUGGAUGAAGAUGAUGCAUCCGCAUCACUUUACACUGAUUUACAACCCAGACCAAGCUCCAUAUAUGACAGGCUAGAUCCAGAAGAGAUGACACAUGCAGAAGACAAGACGAAUUGUAAACAAAAGAACUCUAAAGCUCAAGAUGAAGAAGUAUUUGAUUCUGUCUAUGAAAAUCUGUGAAUUUUUUGUUUAUUUUUAUAAAAAAUGUUAUGUUUUUGAAAAUAUUUUUUUUUAAUGUUUUAUUUUGGUAAAUUUAUUAAAUUUUGUAAAUUUACUUAAGUUUUAAGAUUAUGUAUGACUAAAAUAAAAUAACAGAGGAACAUAAAAACAAAAAAAUAUUAAAAUGAUAAAUGCUG